UAUUGAAGUGAUGGUCUUUAUUAAAUUGUGAGCCCGGUCGCUUGGAAGUUGGAAUAGAUCUCUGCAGACCAUUAUUUCAUAACUGUUAAGGGUGAGGGUGAUCAAGGCGACAACAAUGGAAGAAACUAAAAUUAGUCAAAAAAAUGAUUUGUGGACGAAUAUGGAGCUUGGUCUAAUUCCAGAUGAAGAGGUCAGAAGGCUGAUGAAGAUUGAGAUCGAAAAACGCAUCGAAUGGGGAACUAAACCUACUCAACAGCAGCAACUUGCUCAACUCCUUGACUUUACUAAAUCUCUCCGUGGCAUGAAGAUGGCAACAGAGCUAGACAAAUUAGAUUCAAAGCUUUAUGAGACUCCACAUUCAUUUAACCAAAUUCUGUCUGGAAGUACCCUCAAAGAAAGUUCGGGUUUGUACACCGAUGUAACGACUACGAUGGAUGAGGCAAGUAUAAAAAUGAUGGAUUUAUAUUGCGAGAGGGCAAACAUAAAGGAUGGCCAGACCAUAUUAGAUCUAGGCUGUGGACCUGGGCCAUUGGUUUUUCACAUUGCAAAGAAAUACAGUAAUUGCAAGAUUACAGGAGUUACUAAUGCAUUCUCACAGAAAGAAUCCAUAUUAGAAGAGUGCAAAAAGCUCAGUUUAUCAAAUGUUGAGAUAAUAUUAGCAGAUGUUACAUCACUCGAUAUGGAAACUACAUUUGACCGUGUUUUUGUUAUCGGAUUGAUCGAGCACAUGAAGAACUUUGAAUUAUUUCUUCGAAAAAUAUCAAAGUGGAUGAAAGAUGAUGCCGUGCUUUUCUUGGAGCAUUUCUGUCACAAAAGCUUUUCGUACCAUGGCGAGCCAUUGAGCGAAGAUGAUUGGUACGCCAAGAACUUUUUCGCACCGGGGACGUUGGUAAUACCAUCAGCAACAUGUCUUCUGUAUUUCCAGGAGGACGUUACGGUUAUGGACCAUUGGUUCCUUAGCGGAAAUCAUUUUGCUCGUACCAAUGAAGAAAUGUUGAAAGGAAUAGAUGGUAACAUUGAAGAAACAAAAGACAUAUUCGUGUCAUUUUAUGGAAUUAACGAAGCAGAGGCCGUAAAGAUAAUCAAUUGGUGGAGACUAUUUUGCAUCACUGGAGCUGAACUGUUCAGUUAUAAUAACGGUGAAGAAUGGUUUAUCUCUCAACUGCUUUUUAAAAAGAAAUAACUCUUCGUUGUUCAAAACUAUCACUCACUGUGGCUUAUUAUGUUUACCAAACUUUUGAAUAAAACUUGACGCUAGUCUUUAUGCCGCAUUUAUUUCUUUUGGGAGACAAUAUGAAUGAAAUUUGAUGUUUGUUGGUUGUUGUAAUA